AUGGCACUUACAAGACCCGGAGAUACACGUUGGAGCUCUCACGAAAAAACACUUCUUCGUUUGCUUACCUUAUAUCCUUGUGUUAUUGAAGUGCUUGAAUAUAUAGAAACUUCGGCAUGGGAACCAAUUCACAAAACUCAAGCAAAUGGACUUCAAUUAUACAUGAAAAGUUUCAAGUUUGUAUUUUAUUUACAUUUGAUGAAACAUAUCUUGGGAGUUACUAACUUAUUGUGUGUCGCUCUUCAAAGAAAGAAUCAAGAUAUUUUGAAUGCAGUUGAGUUGGUUAGAUCAACCAAAGAAGAAUUACAAAGGUAUCGACUUGAAGGCUUUGACUCACUUUUAAAAGAUGUCACAUCCUUUUGUGACAAGUAUGAUAUUGAGAUGAUUAACAUGGAAGAUGAGCAUGUUGACCCGAAAAACAGAAGAAGAAAGACCAAUAUCACCAAUCGUCAUCAUUUUGUGGUCAAUAAUUUCAACACGGUUCUCGACAUGCAAAUUCAAGAGCUUGGAAACCGUUUUAACGAGGUAACCACUAACUUGCUUACGUGUAUGAGUUCUUUGAGCCCGCGUGAUAAUUUUAGUUCCUUUAAUAAACUAAACUUGCUAAAGUUGGCCGAAAUGUAUCCGUAUGAUUUUACUUUUGAUGAAAAAGAUAAGCUUAUCGAUGAACUCGGCCACUACAUUUCUAAUAUGAAAAGAGAUAGUCGGUUUGAUAACCUGAAUGGGGUUAGUGAUCUUGCCAAAAGGAUGGUGGAAACAAGGAAACACAUUGAGUAUCAGUUGGUCUAUCGUUUAAUAAAGUUGUCACUAGUUUUACCGGUUGCAACGGCUAGUGUUGAAAGGAGUUUUUCUUCAAUGAAGCUUGUGAAGACAGAAUUGCGUAAUAGAAUGGGUGAUGGAUACAUGAACGAUUCUUGCAUUUGUUACAUUGAAAAUGAGUUCUUACAACAAGUUUCCGUUGAGAGUGUAAUGCAACGUUUUCAAAAGAUGAAAACCCGUCGUCAACAACUUUAG